CUCCAACACCAGACUGCCUAAUUGUUAACCAUUCAUCGCUAUGGCGCCCGUCGACCGCCGCGAACAUCGACAGCAGCGCGUGCGCGGCGCUGGACCGUCAUCCGUCCAGGCAGCGUUUGGCUUCAAUUUUGGAGCCCUCGGCGCCAAGCAGGCAUCUCUUCCGCCUCAACGCUCUCCUCGCCGCGCGCCUGCCCAAAGUACACCACGCGGCGCAAACGGCUCUGGCCAGCGACAUCGCAGCGCGUCAGCCCAGCGCAGCACCAGCGCAAAGCAGAAGGGCACGCCAAGACAUCGCACUGUGACCCCGCAGACAGGAAAGCGGAAGCGGGCUUCGACACACGCUACAGUCGAUGAAGAAGAUGAACUCAGUCCCGAGCGCGAUGAGAAUUCUGGCUCGGUGGAGAAGAGCAGGAGGGUUGCCAGAACCGUCUCACCGAUCCGCGAGACAGUCGACGAGGAGCAGGACGAGUUGUCGUUUGUUGCAGACGAGGGCGCAAGCACUGCACGCAAAGCAAUAGGGGGCGCAUCGAUAAUCACAAGUGGCACGCCCAGUGCGGAGAGAAGUGGCAGCAUAGCAAGAAGUUCCCGGCGAUCGAGCACACGCAGGUCGAAAUCGACAGACGUUGCACCCGUCACACCUGGCAUGCUCCCCAAUGGCCGGUCAGAACUUGCAGCAGCCUCGCCUUCUGCUGUUGACUUCACUGUCAUAGGCGUUGCCCCGGAUGGAGAGGAGAGCGAUGACGAGCUGGCAUCACCUGAAGUGAAUGGGACGACGCCACUAAGUACGGCCAGGGCACGCCAAUCGCCUGUUGAACAGCAGGAAGAUGAAGAUAUGGGCGAGGAUGAGCUUUCCUCCAUAAUCCAAGCAACUCCAACGCAAGAAACAUCGACUGUUGAAGAAGCGGUUAUCGAGGAGACACCAGUGGAAGAACGAACAAAUGAACAAGCCAUCACUCGGCAACCAGCCAAGCGUGGAGCAAUAGGGCGCGUGGUGCAGGACGAGGAGGAGGAGGAGGAGACUCCAGUUGAGCCUGCUGUAGUUAAGGCGGCAAAACGUGGCAGGCCACGAAAGGUUGUCCAAGAGGAAGCUGAGACUCUAGCCACGCCAGUAGUGCGGAAGCCUGGGAGGGGACGAAACAAGCAAGUACCCACGGAAGAUGAAAACGACGAAGUACCAGACGAGCUGUCUCCCGAGACUGAGCGAACAAAAUCCGCACAUCGCCACCAAGAAGCGCGAGAACUAUCGGACGAAGAAGAUGUAGAGGAAGAACUCGAUCUCACGCCCCGCCCUACCACAAAACGCCCAUCUCCCGCAAAACCACAACGCACCAAACCUCCUACCUCCCAGCCGCCCCGCAAGCGCCAGAAGUUCUCAGGCCCCAAACAAGCCAUCUCCGUAAUGCGCAUCAAAGGCUCAACCGUCCGCGGCAUCACCGUAGCCGACACAACACGCACCCUCCUCGACGAAACAAUCGACCACCGCCUCACUCGAAUCGCAUCGAAAAUGCAGUCCGUGCCCGACCGCGACCGUCGCAAAGACCUCCGCAGCGAAAUCAACCUCUCCCUCUCCUUCAAAGAGAGUCUAAACGAGAAGCUACUAGACCUACAAGACGCAAACGACGUCCUAACCGCGAACUUCAAGCGCAGCAAGACCCUCAAGCGGGACAACGCCGACCUAAGACGCGAUAUCCUCGCCCUCCAGAACAGCAGGCAGGACGUAGCGCUCGAGCACGACGACGUGCAGGCACGGUACGCUGCGCACAAGGCGAAGAUUGAAGCGCGCGACUCGCUUAGCAAGGCGAUCUUCGAUAUUGAGGCUGCGGUGCUGAGUGGGCGGAGGAGAGCGGCGGAUGAGGGGAGGGUGGACGAGGGCCCGGAGAUUCCGCUGGGUAUGCUGAUUGGGGAUGUGGGGAGGGGGGUGGGCUCGUUUGGAGGGGGGUUGUUGGCGGGUGUUAGGUGCUUUAAUGGCGUGUUGGAGAGGGCGGCGGGGUGGUUGGAGGGGAGGGCGUAG